AUGCGCAAUCGUUCUGCUCCCGCCGCAGUCACCCACGUCGAGGAGGAGGACGGGGACGAUGCAGACGACGCAGCACUGGACCGCCUUGCACGCAGUGGCUCUAGUUUGCAAGUGACUAUGGAUGAAUAUUGCGUUCCUCGAGACAUUAUACCAGAUGCCUCCUACGAUCCCCUAUCGGCAGACUUACGGGCCAAAGCAUGGCCAUGUGUCUCGAGCCGCUGGCUCGUGGAGUCGGCCUCCAUACCUUACCUCCCUUUCUUUGAAGGACUGGAUGACCAUCCAAUUGUGACACUAGAAUACCCGGCACCAGAUGCCAAGGAAGAGUUUGUUCUUCUAGUUCCCAAGAUGGCAGAUGAAUACGACCCUAUAUCAGACCUGCUUCACGCUGUGCGUGCCAUGGUCUCGAAUUAUGUCUCUGAAGAGCAACGUGAACUAUUUGGCUCUGUGGAUAGCUUGGAAACGGGCAGCAAUGCUGGUGCUCCCCUAAACAGAGCCCAUCGUCCGCCUACUCGCGUGGACACGAGUGGAUUGUCAAGCAACCAUGCACAGAAAGACGGCUCAGCAUCGCCGGCACCGCCUGAAGAAUCGAUCCUGCGAUCUUUCACUAAAGCCCGUAAUCGCCGGAAUGGUCCUCUCUUUGUCCAGACUGUAGAGCGGUUCAAUGCUGAAUUCCGUGCGUUGAAAAAAGCCGGUGCCGUUGCCUCUCACUUGCGUCAAGUCGGUCGAAACCAUGGCGUACCCGAAGAUCUGUGGCGUACCGUCCAAGAACAGGUGUACGCGCGCGUGGCUGCACCUCAUGUGGAUUCCUUGAAGCACUACGAAGCAUUUUCUGACUCGGUGUACGGUGAAAUGCUCCCUCCCUUUCUGAACGAGGUCGAGCGGAUUGCCAACCUGGGCACUGAUUCGGUGUUCGUUGAUUUGGGCAGUGGAAUUGGAAACUGCCUACUCCAAGCAUCGUUGCAAACAGGGUGCGAAGCGUACGGGUGCGAGUACAUGCCAGCGCCCAGCAAAAUUGCAUCGAAGCAACUCGUAGAGGCCUCGCACCGCUGGCGAAUGUGGCAUCUCCGAGCAGGUCCUCGUGUCGAGGCGUGGGACGAGGACUUUACCGAAUCUACCCACUAA